UAGAUCUCAUUGAGGAAGACUUUCCUGCUCCUCUCUUACCCUGUGCUCUCCUUUCUCCAGCAUGGUCGGCUUAUGGUUCCCCAGGGGCACCUGGACGGCAGCUUUGACACUGAUACUGAUGGUGCUGAGCCCUCCUCUGGCUUUGUCCAGGGACACCCGACCACAUUUCCUGGAGCAGGCUAAGUCCGAGUGUCAUUUCACCAACGGGACGGAGCGAGUGCUUCUGGACAGAUACAUCCAUAACCGGGAGGAGUACGCGCGCUUCGACAGCGACGUGGGGGAGUUCGUGGCGGUGACGGAGCUGGGGCGGCCGGACGCCGAGCACUGGAACAGCCAGAAGGAGCUCCUGGAGGAUGCGCGGGCCGCGGUGGACACGUACUGCAAACACAACUACGGGGUUAUCCAGAGCUUCCUGGUGCAGCGGCGAGUGGAGCCUGUGGUGACUGUGUAUCCUGCAAAGACUCAGCCCCUGCAGCACCACAACCUCCUGGUCUGCUCUGUGAAUGGUUUCUAUCCAGGCCACAUUGAAGUCAGAUGGUUCCGGAAUGGGCAGGAAGAGGAGGCUGGGGUUGUCUCCACAGGCCUGAUCCAGAAUGGAGACUGGACCUUCCAGAUCCUGGUGAUGCUUGAAGCCAUUCCUCAGAGGGAAGACGUUUACUCCUGCCAAGUGGAGCACCCAAGCCUGACCAGCCCUGUCACAGUGGAAUGGAGAGCACAAUCUGACUCCGCACAGAGCAAGAUGCUGAGUGGAAUCGGGGGCUUUGUUCUGGGUCUGCUCUUCCUUGGGGUGGGGCUGUUCAUCUACUUCAGGAAUCAGAAAGGCCACUCUGGACUUCAGCCAACAGGUAAUGUCCAUUAA